AGAGAGAGAGAUUUAGGUGAGGGCGGGACGGAGGGAUCGAGUGAAGAGGAAUCGCCGAGAAGAUCCUAUCGCCGGGUGUGGUGACAGCCUGACUCUCCAGCUAUGGCCCCAGACAGCAGCGAUUCGUGAUUCGGUGCCUUGUCCCGUUGUCACACCCAGACGUUCGGGUAGCGAGUGUGUGCAGGACCGGGCUGCUACAUGCAGCGUUUCCAAGGCUCCCUGCGCUUGGUGCUUACCACACUCCUCUUGGUUCUGCUUAUGGGCCUGUUAUAUCCAGGGCUAAAGAAUGUUGCUGUAUACUUGCACUCAGCAGUUACUGGGAGCUACAUUUCUGGAACACAUUCUCUAGUUUUUCUCAGCUGUCCCAAUGAACAAGUUGGCAAAGUCAUUGCAAGGACUAUUGUGGAGAAGAAGCUGGCUGCUUGUGUGAGCAUCUUACCAAAAGUGUUUUCCAUAUACAACUGGGACAGUGAAAUAACAGAAACUACUGAAGUUCUGAUGGUAUUAAAAACAAGAACCUCAAAAAUCCACAAACUCUCAGAAUUUAUCAGAUCAGUUCAUCCUUUUGAAGUUCCUGAGAUUAUAAGCAUUUUGGUGGAUCAAGGCAAUCCUUUAUACUUGAAAUGGAUAGAAGAGACAGUACUUGAAGAUUGAUUUACUCACUGCCUUAAAAACAAACUAGAUAAGAGUGGAAAAUUACAGGAGUAUGCAGAUGGCUCGCCUCCCAGAGAGAAAGUCGGUGUGAUCAUCUCAUUAUCCAGUUAGAAGCUCCAUUGAGUGCUAUGGGUGGGCAAACAGAGCUCACUCUACCCCUGUCACAUUGUAAAAAAUGAGGUCCCUGAAAUUACUCCAGAGGCCGGUAUCUCAUCACUAAGUCACCCUUUAUUUAAACAUUGACCCAGAUAGCAUGGAGCCACCUCCCAGAGUGAACAGAAUCCCUGACACCCCUGUUUAUAUCUGUCAAUCAGGACUCCAAUUCGACCAGGUUAACAGCCCCCAUAAGGGAACUCAUAUUCUGAGGUCCAUCUGACUGACUUCACUCCAAUCACUUCCCCUCUUAUGUCCUGGGAUGUAUGCCUGUUCUUUUUCCUGUAGCCUCUCCUGGGACAUUUUCACAACAGGUCUGGUUCCUUCAACUCUGCCUCUGAUACUCAUGGCAUGUAUCAAACCGUAGCCUGUUACUCACCCCCUGAGCGAUUCGGCAAAGUUCAUCUUCAGGCGGUAACAGCGUCAAGGCUGCAACAUCUGCUGUGUUCAUCUCAUUCUCCAGUUUCUUCAAUGCUAAGUGGAGGAGGAGAACCCAUAAUUUCUGACAGCCUUCAUGGCUGUUCUGAGGGGCCAUGAGAUGUUUUGCUCCUGCCUCAUUUGCAAGGUUGCAGCUUUCAUGCAGCCCAUGUGCUCAGGACUGCCUCAACUACCCGAACUUUGUGUCAUAGGACCUGACCAUGCAUCAAUCACACCUGUUACCCAUGCAGGGCCAUUCCUAUGGUUUCAACACCAAACUUCAUCCUCUGAAGUAAACUGCCACUUUCGCUUAGCUGUUUUGUGUCCAGUACCGGCCUUUCUGAUGCAGUUUCGUCUCUCCCCUGGUUUGGGAGGAUCAGGUUUUGCCUGGUGCAGAGUCUUCUCCCCCAUUAGCAGCUCUGCUGGAGCUGUCCCUGUAGCUGAGGUGGUCCUAUAAUCGAACAAGACCGUUUGGUAUCAAAUGAAGCUGUAGCCUGAUUCUUUAAGACUGCCUUCAAAGUUUGGAUUGUUCUUUCCACCAUACCAUUGGAUGAUGGAUGGUAUGGAUGUGUCCCAACAUGCCAAAUGUCGUGAGACUUAAAUAAUACUUAAAUUUCCUGCUGGUAAUCAAUCUGCUGAGUAAAACCGAAUAAAUCUCAAUUACAGGAGGAUUGGAAUCAUAAUAUUCCUUAGUUAAAACCUCUUGGAUGGUUUUUGUAUCUGGUACCUCACGAAAAAUUAUGCUUCAAAUAGCCAAAAAAGUUGUGGAUCCAGAAGCUGUCAGGAGAAUUACUCAUAGCUUUUUGUCUGCCCCAAUGUCAUUUGCCCAGAAACAAUUAUACAUUCUUUCUACAUGUUUGAUCCUGCUGUUGAAGACUGGACUAAAUAAGUCCAGUUUCCCAGACAAUGGCAUGAUGCUAGAAAUGCUUACCCAAACUCCAAGCUGGUGAUUAUAGACAAAUCUCUUCAGAGGCAUGUUCUUCCCCCUUGUUGCAACUAAUUUCACAGAGGCCAGUAUCCCAUCACCAAGUCACUCUUUGUUUACACAUGCAUAAUACAUGACACUGAUCCAGAUGCCACAGAGCCAGCUCUUUUUAGAUUACUUAGUGUGGAAACAGACUCUUCGGUCCAACAAGUCCACACCGACCCACCGAAGUGCAACCCACCCAUUCCCCUACAUUUACCUAACACUACGGGCAAUCUAGCAUGGCCAAAUCACCUGACCUGCACAUCUUUGGACUGUGGGAGGAAACCCACGCAGACACUGGGACAAUGUGCAAGCUGUCACAGUCAGUCGCGUAAGUCGGGAAUUGAACCCAGGUCUCCGGCGCUGUGAGGCAGCAGUGCUAACCGCUGUACCACCGUGCCGGCCACAAUGUAGUUCUGAGAGUGAACAGAACACUUAACACUCCUGCUUAUAUCUGUCAGCCAGGACUCUCUGAUUGGGACUGUUAACCUGGCCCAGUCAAGGAACUUGUAUUCUGAGAGAUCCACCUGGUUGACAUUGUUCCAAUCACUACAUCCCACCUCUAAGUGCUGGGAAUAAGGAGGUGAUGGCCUAACCACUUGAUGUAUAUAAUAUGCUACCCUCACCAAAGCAAAACAUGUAGUGGGGAUAUGCAAUAUCAAGUCCUAGAAUUAAUUUCCAUUACAGGUUUUUUAAAAAAUGGGUGUAGAAAUGAAUGUUUGUCUUGUUUUGAUAUAAAAAAUGUUGUCACAACAACUCCUGAUAGUGAAUAUAUUGUUUUUCAGGGAAAUUAUAUCUUUACACUGUAUGCUGUCUUGAGUGACCUUGACAUUUACUUAAGUGAAUCUAAAACCAUUGUAUCAAAACCCUGCUCUUUCACUGAUGCGCAAAUACAUACAUUAACUUCCCACAUUUACAAAAUUUCAAUCUAAAAGAUAAGCCAUGCUCUGGCUUUCAAAACUAAGGCACUUGCCCAAUUUAGAUACUCUGAAAUGAAAGUGUGUCUGUAAAUGUAGCCAAAUUGUCUGCAAACUUUCAUUGAAUAUUAAGAUAUUUUCUCAUCCCACGUGAAUUAAAAGGUUUGUGAGGCUGUAGAGUGUGUAAGACUUUUUUUAAUGUAGAUUUUACAGUCCUGCUGGUGACAUGAGAGAAUUAUAGUCAAAGAUGUAUAAAAGUGAAAUAUCUUGAAAUUAGAUUGAUGGUAAUCUCAUUGAAUUUUAAUUUUCAAUACAGAAAUAUUUAAAGCCUUUUUUAAAAUGGGAACUGAUGCCAGAAGUUCAGAAAUAGGUAUUUUUUUCAAAAGAGCUGAAUGUCACAAAUGCAACCUGAUUAAUACCUUUAUAACUAAAGUAAACAGUAGAAUGUUUUUUGUUUUUCCCCACCACUUUUGAGAGCUUACUAACCAGGAGUUAUAAAAAAAAUAACUUAUCCAGUCUCCUGUGGCCUUGCAUGUAAGUAUUAAGGUGAUUUUGCAAUACAAGAACAAGAAUUUGUAUGACUUUGUACAGGGUUUUAUUGUUCUGUAAUUGUGUGUAACUGGCUUAA